AUGGGGUGGAAUCACAAAGAUUGUCAAAGUGAUCUAUGUGCUCCAGCGCAUACUCUGAAAACAGAUCAUGGAAUUGAUCUCUCUUCACGAACUCGAUCAGUUCAGGGUCAAUCUCCUCUUCUGGUGUGGCUAGAAGGUGUUCUUCUUGUAAGAUGCGGCUUGGCUAGACGUCUCCAGGUCGGCUGCUUCAAGGUAGGGAAGAAGUUUCUUCUUUGUCUUCAAGGAGAUAGUUUGGAGGACUAUCCCAAGAAGGUGGUGGUGCUUGAGGGCUUGACAUCUCUUGUUCGUCCAAGAGGUUCUUUGAGGUGGUAUGUGGCGAAGUGGAUCGCCUUUAUAGGAAGAGGCUUGUGA